AUGGAAGGGGAUAGCACCGGACCCGCGGCCGUCUCCGGCGAGGGGGAGCACGAGGAUGACGGAGAGGUGGCCCCGUGGCUCGUCGUCGACGACGAGACGGAGACGGAGCUUUCGGAGCUCCUGGACUCGUCGGAGACCGUGCAGCCGGUGAAGCUGAGGUUCGCCGACGACCCUUACUCAAUGCCGGUGGUGGUCCAGUCCUCGUCGGCCUACGUCACGAUCAACGGAAACGAGGAGUCCUGCGGCUCCUCGUUCUCCGAUUCCUACUCGUCCGUCAUGGCCAGCGUCGACGUCGGCGGCGGCGGCGGGAUGAGGGGCGGCGCGUGGGAGUGUGGCUGCGGCGUGGCGCGUGGGUUGCGUACGGAGGGGAGCCUUGAGGAGGGUGACGUGGACCUGGACUUUGGGGGGUUGGGCGGGUUUUUGACGGACGGUGAAGAUGCAAUGUGGGCUGAGUUUCUUGACGAAGUGUUUAAAUGA